GGAGGACAACAACAGGAAGACGGAACUCACGUUGCUGGUGAUGGCUCAGCAGGCGACGGCAGGAAGGCGCUACCUGCGGGCGUUCGUUAGCGGCUUCUUUGUUGCCGUUCCCGUCACCGUCACCGUCCUCGAUCGAUUCGCCUACGUGGCGCGAGUGGAGGGAGCGUCGAUGCAGCCUUUCCUGAACCCAGAGGGGACGUCCGAGUGUGACGUCGUCCUGCUGAACCGUUGGAGUGUGAGGAACUAUCAGGUCCAGCGAGGAGACAUCGUCUCCGUCCUGUCCCCCAAGAAUCCCCAGCAGAAGAUAAUCAAGCGGGUCAUCGGCCUGGAGGGAGACUUCAUCAGGACUCUGGGCUACAAGAACCGAUACGUUCGGGUUCCUGACGGUCACUUCUGGAUCGAGGGGGACCAUCACGGACACAGUCUGGACAGCAACAGCUUCGGACCGGUGUCUAUGGGGCUGCUUCACGGUCGAGCCUCUCACAUCAUCUGGCCACCAACUCGCUGGCAGCAAAUCAGACCAUCUCUGCCUCCGAACCGAGGACCACUGGACUCUGAGGAAGAGGAGGGAUGAAGACGCACCAACACACACUCAGGUCUUCUAACUAUGUUCAUGUCAUCUAACCUGAAGUCGGAGUUUAGAAAGACAGACAUUCACUGAGUCCGACUGUUCAGACUGCUGUGAUGUGAACGGUUUCACUCUUGUUAAUUUUGCCUCAGUUCAGUUUUUACCAGCGACAUGAACUGUUCCCUCUCAGUGAAGGACCAGACUACAGGGGGUCUAAUGGACCUGGGAUAUCUGCAAUCACAUAAAGAGCUAAAGUCCUGGACCUGAAGCAACUAGUUGAUAACAAUAAUUGAUUAAUAAUUAAUCAUUUAAGGCCAUUUUUCAAGCAAAAAUGCCAAAUAUUUGUGGUCCCAGCAUCUAAAUGUGAUGAUUUGCUGUUUUUCUCUGUUUUUUAUCACUGCAAACUUUGGACAACUGGUCGAACAAACCAACUGAUUUGAAGGUUGUUGUUUUUUUUUGGACUAUUUUCUGGCAUGUUAUAAACCAAACAAUUAAUUUAUUAAUUGUGAAAAUAACUGGCAGAUCAAUCAAUAAAAAUAAGUUGCAGCGCUAUCCUUGCCCCGCCCCUUUUCUAGUCUCUU